UAAGGACCCUGCUGUCGGGCAGUUCCCGGAUGUGGGCGGUAAGAGCUCCGCCUUUUCCAUGAAACCUUCAGCCGACGAGAGGGAGAGGAGAGUGAGCCGGUGUCCGGGAGCGAUGGUCUUCUACCAGCGACAUGCAAGAAGGAGUGGGAUCCCCAUGUGGUGUUAGUGCCAGUCUGCCAUGCUGGCCUGUCUGCCAGGACCAGGUGACCUCUCUUUUCAGCUUCUUUCUCACCCGCAGAUGAACACUGGACUUCAGAAAUGGGAUACUACACAGAAGAUGAGAUCUGCUCAGCAUCCUACUCCAGCAGAAUUGGAUGCUUAUGCUAAGAAGGUUGCCAAUAAUCCUUUGACAAUAAAAAUCUUCCCAAACAGCGUUAAAGUUCCCCAGCGGAAACACAUCCGUAGGACUGUUAACGGACUCGAUACAUCAGGCCAGCGGUACAGUCCUUAUCCUUUGCAGGUCAGCACAAAGACAGGACUGCUGGCUAUUGUUAAGUCCCCAGCUAAAGGUGUUUUAAAGGACUUUGACGGCACCCGAGCUCGCCUCUUGCCAGAGUCUAUGAUGAAUCCUCCCUCGGCUCCAUACGUUGCACCUAGCACUUUAAACCAUCCUCAAGGGCUUACGCGCCCCCAGCAAGCCCUGCAGCAUGCUCAGGCCCUGCAGCAUGCACAGAGCAUGCAGCAGCAACAACAGACAUUGACACAUUCUCAGAGCAUGCCACCUGGUCUGCAGCACCCUUCAACUUUGCAGCACCCACAGGGCCUGCCUCAGGGGCUGCAGCAUUCUCAGGGUCUGCAAAAUACACAGAGCAUCCCUCAACCACAGACACUGCAGCACACGCAAAGCAUACCACAGCCACAGACACUGCAUCAUGGGCAGGGUCUACCCCAAACACAACGUCAGCAGAGUAUUCCACAAAAUCUGCAGCACCAACAGACGAUAAACCAGACCUUGCAGCACGCUCAGAAUAUGUCUCAGGCUCUGCAGCAUACACAAGGGUUGCAGCGCCCUCAAAAUAUGGGGUCACAACAUUCCCAGAGUAUGCCCCAACAGAAUUCUCUACAGCAUGCUACUGGAAUUUCACAUCAGGCUCUCCCCCACCCUGCCAACACCCUACUGCAGCCAGGUUUACACGGAGCCCGAAAGAUGCCAGAUGCAGAUGCACCUCCGAAUGUGACAGUGUCUACCUCAACCAUCCCCCUUUCUAUGGCUGCCACCCUACAGCAGAACAGACCACCUGACCUAGGUAGUAUUGUGCACCAGAUAAACCAAUUUUGUCAAGCCAGGGCUGGCAUAGGCACAACUUCUGUGUGUGAGGGGCAGAUUGCCAACCCCAGUCCUAUCAGUCGUAACCUGCUUAUCAAUGCAAGCACUAGGGUCUCAACUCAUAGCAUUCCCAUGCCUUCCUGUGUUGGAACAUCUGUAGACCAUUCUGCUGCUGCUGCUGCUAUUUCCUCUGCAACCUCUGGGAACAUCCCUAUGGUAAACAUGAGCAGAGUGCCUACUUCAUACCCUGGUGAUCUAAAACCCAUGGGCUGGAACCAGCACCAGCUGGCACAUUUGCAACAGAUGUGUGGAGAAACUGGUGUACAGCCUGGGAAACCAAGCCAGAGGGAAAUUAGCGCCCAAGUCUUUCCUGGCAAGGCUUCAUCUUACUCACAAGAACUGUGCAUGAACCAGUCUUUUGGCCUGAAACCCCCUAUUGAGAAACCUACCCCAUCUCCUCCUGUGAAUGGAUUGCCAGGUCCUUUGCCAUACACAAAUGGACACUAUUUCCAGCCACUAUGGAAUAACAUUCUGCCGACCCCAAACAGUGACAGCAUGGGAUCACAAGAUCUUGCCAUGCCUUUUCAUGGGGGGCAGUCAGCAGGUGGAUCCUUAGAUUGUGCUGGGGGGACUCACUAUAGAGCUAUAGGGGGUGGGUCUUCCAGCCAGAACAACGUGAUGCAGACCAUGGAUUACUUGAGUGGAGGGGACUUUCAGCAGUCUUGCUUCCGAGAUCAGAGCAUGGCCUCGAUUGGAAAGGUUCAGAGACCCCCAAUGAGCCGAGCCCCAGAACCAGCGGAUAGCCGAAACAUUCAUGUUCAGCAUCCAGGGUAUAGAUAGGCUACUGUCACUUUUGCAACUAAGAGGGUUUAGUCUUCAUUUGAAUGAUUAGUAAGGCUCUUUUAUCCUUUUCAAUUGGCAAAAUUGUUGUGAUCAUUAUAUGCUAACGUGGCUAUAAGAUGCCAUCAAAGCUUAUAGUUGCUAAUAUAAAUUUGCUCCAUUUAUCAGGGUUUUUAUUUUAAGGGUUGUGUGUGGUCUAUUUUUGAUUUAGGUUUUUUUUUUUAUAUAAACCUUGUCAGUAGCUGAACAGGCUGUAUUGUGUUGCCUUGCAAUUCUAUACUGGCUCCAAGCACUGAAGGGCUUUACCAUGCUGCUUUGUUUUAAUGUGGGAACACUAAGCCCUCCAAAGUGUUAUAUCUAUAUAUAUAUAUAUAUUCUCUCUUGGUCUUGAUGUCCUUUAAAAGUUGUAAGAGGUCAUCAUUUUCUGCCUUGUCAGGGAAUUCUGAUGCUUAAAGGUCUCGAAAGGUUGUUCACCAGAGGGCAUCAGUACCUGUAAGGGCUUCUUUUAUGGUAAGUGUGUGGCUUUUGAGAAUAGACACUGUAUUUAACCAUAUUUGUUGUAACCUACCAUUUUUACUCCUAAAUGCAUCAGGAAAGUUACUGAAUACAUACAAACUGAGGGAAAGUGACUGUUAAUUAUGUAUAUUGUUAGAUUUUAGAGUCCAGGGACUUAUGCAGCUCAGCCCUCCUCUUUUUAAGCAAUACUGAUUUUUUUUUUUUAAUAUGGAAUUUAUUAGCCCCUGAUUUCCUGGGGGUUUUCUCUUUAUAAAAGAUGAUUUGUUUGUCACUAAAUGCUUUUGUUUUCCCGGGGAAAAUAACCAGUAUCUCUAGUUGUGCGCACACACACAGCAUAUUGUGGGUCAAACCACAACAGCCACUAGCGUGGGAAAGCUUUAUUGCGGUGCAAUCUGCUACGGGUGGGUGCUUCGGGACCUGUAGGGCUUUCCAUUCUGGGGGUAGGUAGCAAUCUGGGUCAUGUAGCAGCGGAUUAUUUGCUGCCACAAUUUAAAAUGCCUUGUGUGCAACAGUCCUUUAAUAUGUUAUUCCUUGGACAGCGUUUAAUAUUUCUUGAGUUUCAGUGUUCAUAAGAUCGCUUUUUAAAGUACAUGCAAAUGCCCUUAGACAUUCCCAUUUUUCUCCUGAUCCCCCUUCCCAACAAUUAUACAACUAAUGGUCAAGAAGUGAUUGUUUUAACAGCCAGAUUGCUGCUUAAGGAAACCCUGCCCAGUAGUUUGCUUUUUAAAAUGGCAGACAGAAUUAUGUGGAAGGAAACAAAGAACAUUUUUAAGCAUUUUUGUUAAAUUGUCCAGUUGCCAUUAAGAUCAGGGGUUGUUCUGUUUCUAAACCUUGAUGGCCCUAUUUUUGUCGUCCCCCUGCCCCACACCCCUUUUGGAUCCAAUCUGCUACUGGUGAACAGGUGGGGUUUAUAAAUUCCAUAUCGGUUUGGAAUUAAGGCAUUCGUUACAACCCACCCUUCUCCAUUUGUUUGAUCCUAGAACUUUUCUUGAAGGAUACUUGCACUGAAAUUUUAAUAUGCAAAAUUUCAAUUUAGACUAAACAAAUUUAUGGGGCAUAAUUACGGAGUUGGCUGCUGUUCCAGAAUAAACACAUUCCAUCCAAAUGUGCAUUACUCAGCAUGAUCUAUCCUGACCAAAAAGUCAUUAGGCUAUACUUAUUUGUCCUUGGCAGUAUCACUUAUAAGCACGGCCUUGUCAGUUAACAUGGUCAUUCCUGUAUUGCUACGUUAUUUCUCCCCUGAGCAGUAAGUCGCACAAGCAGUUGUUGUGCCAUAGCACCGGUAUCAUCCAUUCCAUGCUUACACAAAGGCAGUUGUAUCAGGCACAUUUAUGCUUUAUCACUGGUUCAUACACACACACAACCCAUUUGUGUGAUUUUAUCCCCUAUAUGUGUAAUUGGCCAGAAACUCUCUGCAGUUGGGUUUCCCAUAGGGACAUUUUUUUUUUUUUUUUUUUUUUUUUAAUCUUUUUAAACAAAACUGUGAUGGGCAAAGCGUGUUUUUAUGAAGCUACCCCUUUUACUGUCAUCCACCAUAACCACACUGGGUCAUGUCUGUGCCCCGCCCCUCUGAAACUGGUUCUGGUACUAUAAUAGCAUUUCCCCACAUGUCCAUGACACUGCUGGUUGUAGCUACCUGUGCCUUAACCUGUAGGCAACCUUGCCUGUUAUUCCAAAGGGUAAUCUGUAGCUAAGUGUUGCAUGAGAAGCUCUUAGCAUUUCUUCAGUAACUGAUGCAGUUAAUAUAAGUUACCUUUUUUUAUUUAUAGUGAUUUUACUUUUUUUUUUUUCCCCCCCCACCACCCCUUCCUUUCUCUCUUAAAGGCUUUACUAUAUCCUUUAGCACUCCAGCAGCUUCUGCAGCCAGUCUCCCAGCCACCUUUUGGCAGGGGUGGCAUUGGGAGUUGGGCAUUGGGUAGUUCUGCAGCAAUAACAGUGCCAAAGGUUGUUUUCUCUGCUAUAAAUUGCUGGCUAAUUCCUCCAUUUUAAUUCUUUUUUGACAAUAUAUAAAAUACAGCGUUUUUAAUCCUAUCUGAGGACAGUGUUAGGUACCACUGCUUAAUACAUUUCCCACCGUAUAUGCCUAACAUAUAUCAUGAGGAAGGGCAACGUGCUUAACCUCAACUUUCAGAACAGAUAAGGAGACUCAGGUAACAUACAUACUGCGGAGUGCAAAGUAGCCAUUAGGAUUCAUGAGAAAUUAGAUUUCCAAACCGCUUCAGCCUCUGACCCAGCAAUAUAAAUAGCACAACCUCUCAGAAUUUGUGUUCCCACGUCCUGUGGAUGCUGAACUCUAGAUAUCAGCAUUGCUUUUUCCUACAUCCUUUAAUAAGGGACAACCAGGAAUGAUGUGCGGGAAGUUAUUAAGCACAUUCAUUUAUGAAAUCAAAUUUUUAUUGACUACUGCUAAUGUAGGUCUCUUUUAGCGCUGCUGCAUCCCUUGGUCAGCGUUGUGGCUUCUAUAAAACAAGGAGUAUCAAAGGCUGCCUUUUUAACAGACUGCAAAUCUAUUUACAUUCAACAUAAGUACAUUGUUACACCUCUUUAGGGCCAUGACACACUUGGUGUUUGGACUUUAAACUCUCAUAACCAAAACACCUAGAACUUUUAGAUGUUGCAUGGAAUACACAGGUAUAAAGGCUUUAUAGGGGUGGCUCACCUUUUUUAAGUUAACUUUUAGUAUGUUAUAGAAUGUUUCAAUUGGUCUCCAUGUUUUUUUAGUUCAGACUCCUUGCAGUUAUUGCUCUGUGAGGCUACAGUUUUAUUGUUUAAUUUUUAUAACUUUUUUUUUUUUUAAAUUCAGGCCCUCUGUUAUUCAUAUAGUAGUCUCUCUUUGAAACAACUCCUUGCUUGCUAAGGUCAUUUAGACCCUAGCAACCAGAUAGCUGAGGAAAUUUUUAGCUGGAGAGCUGCAGUACAAAAAAAAGCAACAAUUAAAAAAUGAAGACCAAUUGAAAACUGUCUAAACACAUGCUAAACGUUAACUCAAAGGUGUACAACUCCUUUUAAGGUUAGAGAAUGCCAGUAGAGAGACUUAACUAGUUGCUAGUUACCUACUUGCCCCAUGCAUUGUAAAGGGCACUGCCAGGUUUAUUUGGCAUUGGUUUUCCAAUAUACUGCAGUGUUGUAAAUACCUGGGCCAUGGAUUUGCAGGCUCACUUUGCUAUGAUAUAAUUAUCCUUUUGCGUAGGGAAAUGCACAUAUUUGUGAGAGGAACUUCAACAUAGUAUUUUCUAUUACAUGUUCUAUGCCUUUAUGUACUGGCUUGUUUUUGCACGCCUUGUCUCCUGGAUUAUUUGUUUAUGGGUUUCAUUGGAUAAUUCCGGGUAUUGGCACACUAUGGGCUACCACUUUUAAUGCCAUGGUACUCAUAAAAAAGUAUUUAUAAAGCUGUGCAAUAUUGUUAUAAAGUUAUUAGCUUUGGGAAAAAAAGCUGCAUUAAAGUGCCAUUACUUUUCACCAUUUGCAGCCUAUAUUUGUCCCCUUGACAUUAAUAGGCUACACCAGGCCUUAAAUGGUGUAAAAUAAUGGCCUUGUUUUAUAUCUGUCUGGCAUGAUAAAAAUGAGUCUUUUAUAAAUGCCGAUGAUAUGUGAUGGAUGUCACUGAAUUCAUGCGAAACAGCUUUAUAAAUAUCCCUUUUACUACGUACCAGUAAAAUGGUUUAAUUCCCUUGGUGAUCACUGAAAAUGUUGCAUCGUGAUGUUUGUGUAUACCGGUUGUAGUACACGGAGUAUAAAGAGCUAACCCUGGCUAUUAGCUCAUGGCAACCAGUCAGAUAUUUGCUUUCACUGGUUUACUUGCAGCUGGCUGUACAAAGGCAAUCGCUGAUUGGUUGCCCUGGUGUACUGCUUGCCCAGGGUUGGCAAAUGAGUCUGUUGGCUCUAGUGUUAUCUAAGAUUGUGGUUUCUAUAGGUGUGAGCUAACUGACCGAAGUCAUGUGGGCCACAGAAAUUUUUUAGGCCCCCAGCCUUCCCAGGGGUGUAUGAUCUUCUUAUAGGUGUAUAAUAAUAAAUGCCUAGUACAGGGCCUAUGUUUCAGAGGACUGUCUACAAUAAUAGGAGGUGGUUACCAGCAGUUCUAGGCUUUUUGCCUAGAUCAGCAUCUAGUGUGCCAUGGCCCUUCAUAACAAACAGGUCCCACACACACUACUUAUUGUUUACACUGAAUUUUUUGUGAUCUACUUUAACGAUUACACAAUCUUGUGCUCAUGUAAAGCUAAAUGACCUUGUGAGAUACACUGUGAAGUGCUGAAUUCUAGCUUCUACCCCACGGCAACCAAAGGGUUUCACUUCGUACCAUUGGGGUUUAGAUAGCUGACUUUUUCUACUGUGAAAAGAUGUUUGUAUAUAUUUAUAGAUCAACUGUAAAAGUUGUGGUUUUGUUAAAAAAAGAAAAAAAAAAAACCUGUAUACAAGACUUAGUAUUUCUUUGUCAUUUGUUUUCCCCCUAAGCUAUUCAUCUUCUGUUGAGGUUCACCUUAAAACAAGGUUCUGGGUGGGGGGAGAAACAUUAAAAAUAUUAAAUUAUGCUGAAAGGAGCUAAUGCUGAUUUUUCAGUGUUAUUUAAUACUUUAAAUCACCUUUUUUACCGUCUAAACACAAUAUUAUGCCCAACUCAUGAUGGGCUUUAUGACCCUCUAAAAUAGAGCAUCAAAGUGGUGCUAGGCCUUUGGCUGUCUCAGUGCUAACAGUUCAUUCUUCCCGUUCUGCUGGGAGGCCCUAAGAGAACACUUACUGCGUCCCUAUGAGUUUGUGCUGUAAUCUCGCUCUCCUGCGACAUGUUGCAAUGUGUUACCCAUUGAAAAAGAAAUGACUAUAAUGAUCACAACAAUGUUUGAGAUUGAAUGUUAAUUGAAAAAUGUAACACUUUCUAUGUACACUGGCUAAAAGUUAAUGCUAUACUACUGUAACUAAGUGUAAUAUUUCUGUAUGAAUGUUGCUUGUUAGUGUGGGUUGGAGUAGGUAUGUAUGAAUGGACCCACUGCCAGAACUGGCUGCGCCCUUCACCAACCUCCUGAAAAAGACAAAUGAAGCCUUAAGUAUUUGCCUCUUCUAAUGUUUCUGUUUUGCUGACCUGCUAUUUUCAGUUUAAUCUGCCCCCCCCCCGACAAGCUACACACACAAACACAAAUGCUAUUGCUGAAUAUCAAGGGGUUGCCUUUUAGGUUGUGGAAUAAAGCAACACUACUGGAUAUGAUAUGUUUGCACCUAAAUCUCAUUACCUUGAACAGGGAAAGUAUUGCUCUCUUCUCUGCUCCUUAAUCCAUUCCAUACAUAAAAAUCAGGUUGUUGCUGCUCCAGUCUUACCUGUAUUUAUUAAACAUUUCAUUGUCACCAAAUUGCUGCUAAAAGGCACUUCUUUCAUGCACCAACUGCUCUGCACCUCAACACUGAUUUCUCGGUAGGGAUGCACCAAAUCCGGCAACUGGCCAAACCCCAUCUGAACCCUUGAAGUCAUUUGACUUUAAACACUCUGAAUAAUAGAUUGCAACCAUUUGUAUUUCUUAUUUUGCUUGUGCAAAUUUUAGAGUUUGGUUUUCCACCAAAUCUCUUGUGGAGGAUUUGCCUGAAUUCAAAAUUUCUGGUUUUAGUGCAUCCCUACUUACAGGACCAAAAAAGCUUAGAUGGAUUAAAAUUUAGAUUAGAUGGAGAAAAUGUAAUUGCAAAAAAUAUUUGAAAUAUCUGCUGUUGCUUUACUCCAUGCAGUGUUUCUUUAUAUUUAUGUUCUCUCUUGGUAAUUCGAGCUAGAAUUCAUAGCUUCUUAUGUACAAGUGUUCAGAUCUCUAUCGUGAGUGAUUUUAGAGGUUAAUGAAAAAGUAGAGGCAUAGGAUCUGUUAUCCAGAAAGCUUGGCAUCUGGGGAUUCCCUGAUAAAGGAUCUGGUAAUAGCUAUACACAGGCAAAUAAAAGCUGCUGAUGGUCUGAGUUGGUGGCUUAUUGGUCCGUGUUUGGGGCCCGCAGGUGGGCCUGCUUGCUCAUCUAGAUUUCUAUUGGGCGGCAUUAAAAAUCCUGUUGGAACAAGGAACACAUCAGCCCGUUCAUGUGGUCUUAGUCCCAACAGCCCCUAUCCCAGCAAUGUGAUCCAUUUGCUUGACCCAGUCCAACAUCACCCACCCCAAGGAGGGCAUAUUGGGAAAGAUCCACCCAUGGCCACCUUUAGUCUGCUAAGAACCAUUUAAACAUGAAUUAAACCCAACAGAAUUGUUUUGCCACCAAUAUGGAUUCAUGCAGCUUUCUUGCCAUUGAGUACAAAACAUUUACUUUUGCUCUGUAAUAGUAACACACACACACACACAAAAAAAUAAUUAGUUUAAACUGCAAUCUGUGGGAGAUAGCCUUCCUGUAAUUCAGAGCUUUCUGGAUAAUGGGUUUCCAGAUAAGGUAUCCUAUUACUUGUAGUUAUUUUUUUUUUUCCACCACUUAGUCCAUACCAUCCAUAUUUAUAAUUCCAAAGUUUUGCACAAUUUGCGGGGAGGAUGUUAUUUUAAACUGAAAAAAGGCUGGUCCACAAAACUUGUGUUUUUUUUUUACAGCAUGUGUAGACAGCUCAAAACAAUAAUGAUAAAGCAAAAUUAUGAGAAUUUUUUUUUUUUUAUAGAUAAGAGUUUGAAUGGCAGUCCUGGUGGUUAAAAACUAAAUGAAAAAAAAAAAAAUAGUUGGGGGAAACUUAGAGUAUUUUUGGGGGUUAUUUUCAGGUGUUUGGAUCUGGAAGAUGAAAUUUUAUUUUGUUCUUUUUGAAGAUUAGCCGUUUUUAAUUUGAUUUCAGAUUCCAGUAUUGCAGAAAGCAAUAUGGGCUUCUUAUUUAAUAAAUAGCAUAUUGGAAGAUGUUCUGAAUCCUCUCCUGUGAGUGAAGGCUGCCGUUGCUGCUUCCUCCUUGUCUAAUGGUAGAACAUCUAUAAUAGCACAGUAGGAAACUGUGAGCUAAACUUGUGCUGGCUGGUGUUGCCUUAUAUUUAAAAGAAACACAAAUGUACACAUGCCUAUGUUCUGCCAAAUAACAGCAAAAUGAAGUUCUAAUUUAUUAUUUCUAACUCUUCUGUGUCAUAACUAGUCACUGUUUCCAGAGCUGGAAAAUAGAAGUGAAACUGAGGCUUUUCAUGUCAUGCAAUAUUUCCUGAACAUGUUACCUCCUUGAAGCCAAGGUUUCUUCCCUCCUCCAUUCCAUCCCUUGCCUGGACCCUGACUUUUAAAGUGAUAAUCCUGCUCUGUUGGAUCCUGUAAGCUGUAAUUUACCAUCCAAAUAUGAUCCGCCUUCUAAUAAAACCUUGGGAUCCUCGCCGCCUGUCUUCAUGACAUGAUGCUGAGGUGAACCUAUUA